AGGAGUGCGCAUGCGCAGCGCCGCUGUGCGUCACUGUUUACUGUGAUGGCGGAUGUGUCCGCGGUGGACAAUAUGAAGAAUUAUCAGAAUUUUCAGGGCGCUUUCGACAAAAUAGACAGAGAACAGAGCAGAUAUCCGUACUGCAUCGUCUGGACACCAAUCCCAGGCCUGACGUGGUUCCUGCCCUUUAUUGGUCACAUGGGCAUCUGCACCUCCACAGGUGUGAUCCGAGACUUCGCAGGGCCCUAUUUUGUAUCUGAGGACAACAUGGCGUUUGGGAAACCAACAAAGUACUGGAAGCUGGAUAAAAACAAAGUGUACGCGGGAGGCUCCAGCGCCUGGGACGCAGCAGUGCACGACGCGUCUGAAGAAUACAAGCACAGAAUGCAUAACCUGUGCUGCGAUAACUGCCACUCUCAUGUCGCCAUGGCGCUGAACCUGAUGCGCUACGACAACAGCACCUCGUGGAACAUGGUCAAUCUCUGCUUGCUGUCCUUCAUCUACAGUAAACACGUCAGCUUUGUCGGCUUCCUGAAGACGUGGCUGCCCUUCCUCAUGAUCUGCGGAGUCAUCGUCACAGUUACGCUGGCCUUCAAGCUCCAAUCAGCAACACUGGACACAAUGAACCACAGUGGAUAGGACCAUGGUGAAGGGGGGGUACAGCACAGGGUCACCAUCGGGGGGCGCUCCAGACCAGCUGGCACUGCAGCAAAAAAAGGGCGAAUGCAAAAUGCAUAGUUUAAAGUACCUCAGUGUUAAUUACACCUCUUUAUGCCAUCACAUCUCACGGGAGUGACCGCACGUUUGGACAGACCCGCUGAGAGACUGACUUUCAUAGAAACUGACUCUCCAACAUGAAGACCAGCAGCAUACAGAGAAGACCAUCAGACCAGACUUACACCUCAUCACUACAGCCUCCUGCUCUAAGAUUGAUUUACCUGCACAUGCUCCGCCCACAAAUGUGUUCUCACAGUACGCUGGGAAAAAUCCCCCUAAAUCUAACGAGAAACUGUAGAACAGCCUCAGUUUAUAUCACAAUACCUACAUUUAGAGUCGGUUAUUCAUUCAGCCUAAUGAGAAACUGUAGAACAGCCUCAGUUUAUAUCACAAUACCUACAUUUAGA